AUGAAGCUCGUACUUGUACUUGUACUAUCAGUCAUUGCCGGUGCCAUGGGCGCUACCAUUGGGGAUAAACCUCCCGAGGAGCUAGUCUGGGCUAUCUGUGGUCUUCCUGAAGGAUGUAACGAUGAUGUCGACUGCACCUUUCUCAUGGAAUGUAAAGAUAUUGCAUAUAGACACGAUCGGCGCUUGAUUCACUGCGGGGUUGAUAUCUUCCAGCCUCACACCUGCUGGGCUUGGACGGAAGGGCAGCCUCAUUAA